AUGUUUAAAAUUAUUCAGUGUUUAUAUUACAAAAAGGCUAUUAAUAAGCCAUUUAUUAAACGAGAUGGUUUUCGUUCCAUAUGUCAUCCUUAUUUGGAAUGCAAAAAACAUAAAGAUCCAAAAAUUUUUAAAAAUAUACUUUUUUUUAUGUGCGUUCCAAUUAUACUCUUGUGUUUGGCUGAUAUAUUUAUUGUAAAUCCAGAAGAAGGGGACAGACCAGAAUUUAUUAAAUAUGAAUAUCUUAGAAUUAGAAAGAAGGGUUAUCCCUGGGAUCCUGUUCGAACGCUUUUUCAUCAUCCUUAUUACAAUGCACUUCCAGAUGGAUACGAAACUCCUGAUAGGCAUGAAAAUGAGUCCAAAUAA